ACUGGCGCUGUGGGAGCAGGGCAGGCGCUGUGGGAGGGGACGUCAGAGCGAGGUGGUGAGCAGAGCUGGUCGCCUGAGGUGUGGCGGCUCCGCUUCAAGUGUGACUGGUGGCGAAGGCCUCAUCUGAGAGCAGAAGAGCCAGUGCAAUUCCCUGAGCUUUGAGCGCGGUCACCAUGGACCGCCCGGAUGAGGGGCCUCCGGCCAAGACCCCCCGCCUGAGCAGCUCGGAACCCCGUCAGCGCGACCUGCCGCCCCCGCCACCCCCGCCGCUCCUGCGACUGCCCCUGCCUCCACCCCAGCAGCGUCCGAGACCCCAGGAAGAAACCGAAGCUGCACAGGUGCUGGCUGACAUGAGGGGGGUGGGCCCCACGCUGCCCCCACCACUGCCCUAUGUCAUUCUCGAGGAGGGAGGGAUCCGCGCGUAUUUCACCCUGGGUGCUGGGUGUCCUGGCUGGGAUCCUGCAGUAGAGUCGGGAUUCGGGGAGCCCCCUCCCACAGGGAUGAUGGAAACAAUCCCCUCAUCAGAAACCUCUGGGGGAAGCCUGGAAAUUGACUUUCAGGUUGCAGAGCCCAGCAGCCUUGCUGGAGAGAAGGCCCUAGAAACCUGUAGCUUAGGGGGGUGGGGGCCCCAGAUGUUAGUCGGUCCAAAGAGCAAGGAAGAGGCUAUCAUCAUAGUGGAAGAUGACGAUGAGGAUGAAAAGGAAAGUGUGAGGAGGCGGCAGCGGCGACGUAGGAGGAGGAGGAAGCAGAGGAAGGUGAAGGAAAACCGAGAGAGGAGUGCCCAGAGGAUGGAAAGCAUACUGCAGGCCCUGGAGAGCAUUCAAAUGGACCUGGAGGCGGUGAACAUCAAGGCAGGCAAGGCCUUCUUGCGUCUCAAACGCAAAUUCAUCCAGAUGCGAAGACCCUUUUUGGAGCGCAGAGACCUCAUCAUCCAGCAUAUUCCAGGCUUCUGGGUCAAAGCAUUCCUCAACCACCCCAGAAUUUCAAUCUUCAUCAACCAACGCGAUGAAGACAUUUUCCGCUACUUGACCAAUCUUCAGGUACAGGAUCUCAGACAUAUCUCCAUGGGCUACAAGAUGAAGCUGUAUUUCCAGACCAACCCAUAUUUUACAAACAUGGUGAUUGUCAAGGAGUUUCAGCGCAACCGCUCAGGCCGGUUGGUGUCUCAUUCUACCCCGAUACGUUGGCACCGGGGCCAGGAACCCCAGGCCUACAAUCGCAGGAACCAUGAUACCAGACAAAGCUUCUUCAACUGGUUUUCCAACCACAGCCUCCCAGAAGCUGACAGAAUUGCUGAGAUUAUCAAGAAUGACCUAUGGGUUAACCCAGUACGCUACUACAUGAGAGGAAGUGGCUACAGGACAAACAGAAAGAAGCAAGAAGGAAAGGAAAGUAAAGCCAAGAAUGAAUAUGAAAUGGUGAUCAUGGAAGAUGUUCAUGACCAUUAUGCCUUUGAAGACAUUCUCAGUGAAAUCUCAGAAAUUGAUGAGAUCACUGACAAUGAGACCAUUCAUGACAUCAAGAUCUCUGACUUCAUGGAGACCACCGACUACUUUGAGACCACUGAUAAUGAGGUAACUGACGUCAAUGAGACCCUGUGUGACAGCGACAAUCCUGACCUUGAUGAGGGCCCCAACAAUAAGAUAAAUGACAACAGAGAGAGUAUUGCUUCAAGCCCAGAUGACAGCAGUGAGAGCCCAGAAGAAAAGAACACCUAUGACAGUGAGGAUUCCAAUAAUGAGGAAGCUGACGGUGACAGUGCAACCCUAGAAGGUGACAAUCAGCAGGGCAAUGCUAUCCAAGAGAGCAGUGAUAGUGAUGAUGGAGAUGAGGGCAGUGAUGAUGAAGAUAAUGAUGGCAAUGAAGGUGACAGUGAGGGCAGUGAUGAUGAUGGCAAUGAGGGAGACAAUGAGGGCAGUGAUGAUGAUGACAGGGACAUUAAAUACUAUAAGAAUGGCAUUGAAGUCUUCGAUAAGACUCUGGAUAACAGCACCAACCAGAAUGGCUAUGAGGAGGAGGUCGAAAUCAUCUCUGACGAAUCAACAGAGGAAGAAGAGGAGGAGGCCAGUGAGGAAGCUAUCGAGCUGAGCGAGGACAGCUACGAAGAGGACCAAAUCUAUGAGGUGGAAGACAGUGACCUGAACUCAGAAGACUCUGAUGUCCAGGAGGUGGUGCCGGUCCCAAACGCUUGGGCCAGCCUGGGGAAGAAAGGGAAAAUCGGAUAAACAUCUUACCCUUUAGGGGCUCUCUAUAUAUACCCCUAUAUCCUACCCCAUUUGCCCUUCUCUUCUGCUAGGGCUGUGCGGCCCCACAUUGCACUUCUGGGGGGGAGACUGACUUAUUACACGGGUUUAAAGUUUAUUUUUAUGGUUUAGUGAUGCAGAGAUCUUAUUUGGAGGAGGGAUUACCCUCCCCUUAGGCCCUCCUCCCCUGCAGGCUUCUGUGUGCUGCUAAUCUUAUUUAUUGUGAUGCCUUGGUCAGGGCCCCUCUAGCCCCCUUCUCGUGAGCAUAGGCCCAAGCCCCUCUCUCCAUCCUGUGUGAACAUCCCAAUCACUAAGUGAGGAGGGCCGCUGUGACCUUCCUCACAACUGAGCAGUGGUCUGGAGACUCUGCUACCACCCCCUUCUCCGAAGUUGUUCUCCAACCCCUUUCUUCCCUUCACCAGCCCUGACCACUAGCCCGCCUCAGUGUCUUUGCAAGGCAGCUUCGCCUUUGUGGUAUCCCUGCUCCCCAGAAGCCCCGCCCCUUUCCCCGUGACCCUCGAAGAGCCUAAUAAAACUGAGCAAAUUCAAAAUG